AUGACAGCGUCCCAAUUCGCUACACCGCUAUCGUCACAAGAUGCUUCGCACAUAAAACGACGCCACAAGUUUUACAACUUCAUCAAAGGCCGUUUCAACACCUCGACAAUAGAAGAAGAUGAUGAACCAAAGGGUAUUUUCGGGGCAUCUCUUGGCUAUGCAUCUCAAUGGAGCUCACUGCAGCCGCAUGGUCUAACCGUUCCCGAUCCUGUUGCAAAAUGUUUCACAGAAAUCCUCAAGCGAGGUAUGCACAUUGAAGGUUUAUUUCGAUUAUCAGGAGCUGCAUCGGAUGUACGCCAACUUGCGAACGAGUUUGACCGCCCACCUUAUUACGGCAAACAUCUUGAUUUGUCGACCUAUGACAUCCAUACGAUUACAGGCGUUGUGAAAAAGUAUUUGCGUGCGUUGCCUGAGCCAGUGAUUCCACGACACUUGCAUUCUCGUUUUCUCCAAACGGCUUCAUCACUGAGUGAUAGCAGUACAGCAGAUCUCGAAGAUUUGGCACAUCUCAUUCUUGAGUUACCCCGACUUCAUCGUCACCUGCUAUGCUAUAUCCUUAUUCUUGCUGGCUCCAUACAACAACAUGCCGAUGCCAACAUGAUGUGUGCAGACGCAUUAGCUGUUGUACUAGCACCCGUUUCUACUGGUCUUGAACAAUUGUUACAGCAUAACGUGACGAAAAAGAAACGACAGCUAUUACGCCGUGAAGAAAUGACCGAUUUGGUCCAAACCAAUGCUCAAUGGACUAUGGUGUGGACAGCCAUGAUUGAAAAUUACGAGACGUUGCUUGAUCAAUGUAUGCCGAAAAUGAACGACGACAAAGAUCAAAAGGAUGAUGAUCAUGAUUUACGUGAACCAACGCCGCCGUUUCAGACAUUGUUGAAUCAAUUUGAUCCUCGCCCUACCACCACCACAAGCGCUUUUGCUACUACACCACCACCACGCCGUCAUCAACAUCAACAUCAUCAACAUCCUGAAGGUUGGCGUAGCCUUUUUACACCACCAGAUGGUGCUCGACGUGUAUUGAAGCGAUUGGCAUCCGCUUCUUCGAUGCGUCCUCCUUCGGUCCAUCACCAUUGGGUGUAA